AUGAGGUACCGAACGCUAGCCAUUGUGGCGUGCCUGCUGCUGGCCUUGGUGGCGUUGAGCUGCGGCGCUAAGGACUCUAACAAGCUGACCAAGAGGGGCGAGAAGCUGCACAAGAUUCUGAAGCUCAUGGACGAGCCUACAGUCGACCCCAAGGAGCUCCUCAAGACUGGCGAGAAGCACGGACAUGUGACCGAAGAGUGGCCUGCCUUCACCCAGGACGUGCAAGAUCUCCACAUCAGCAUUCUCGGCGUAACCAAAGAGCUGGCGAAGGAGGUGAAGGAGGAACUGCUGAAGGAGCUCAAGACUGAGGGACCCGACUUCCGGUCGAGGUGGCAGAAGGCCUACGACAAGGCCAAGGAGACCAUCGGCGCCAUCAAAGCGGGCGAUGUCAAGCAAAAGCUCAAGGAGCGCGUGCAGGACUUCGAAUCCAAGGUCAAGGCCGGCGUCGAGAAGGGGGCCGAAAAGGGCGCCCUCAAGGGCAAGUGGAAGAAGGUGAAGAGCAAGCUCAUCGAAGAAUUCGAGACUGUCGAGAAGCUUGUGCAGGAGGAGCUCGCCGUUCUCGCCACCAAGAUCGACAAGAUCUUCCACCGCGUACAUCACCACAUGGCGCACAAGGAGCACCACCCGGUGCUCAAAUGCGGAAGCUGCGGCAAGCAGCUCACACUCAAGGAGUUUUUGAGUCACUACCCCGACCUGACGGUUGAAGAGGAGGAAUGGUGGAACGACCUGGAUGUCGAGAACUUCUACCUGUACGCGGUCAAGUGCCCCCAGUGCGGGGCCACCGACUGGGUGGGGGUUGAUUUCGUGUCGGCCGAGGAGGAGCACAAGCUCGAGGAGCAGGCCUUGGGCGAACAGCCGGACGCGCCGCACGAGAUACUUGAGUGA